AUGGCAGCAGAAACAAGCAAAGAACUGCCUGAUGACUGUUGGGGGAUGAUCUUUAACAAUCUCGACGAUGAAAACAACCUGGAAUCAAUCUCUUUAGUCAGCAAGAGAUUCCUGUCAAUCACAAGUUCGAUCCGAGUUAGCAUAAAUGUUUUCAGUCCAUCAGUUGAAACACUCUCUCGUUUGCUGCAAAGAUUUUCCAACCUCAAGAAGAUAAAACUCCAGUCCUUCACAGGGGACCUUAAUCAAGCUGUUCUUACGAUAGCGCGAUCUGGGUUAGACUUGGAAGAGUUGAAUAUGUCUGGAAUUCGAAGUCUACAAAAAGUUUGUUUACAACAGUUGAGCUCAAAAAUGAAAAAUCUCAAGGUGCUGGAUUGUUCACCAGGGGCACUAGGAGAUGAAGAUGCUAUCAGUAUAGCAGACUCAUUCCCUCAGUUGGAGGAGCUUCAGAUCGCGUGUUCGAGUUAUGAUGACAACAGAAAGAUGAUCGUUGUAACCGAUGAAGGGAUAGAUUAUCUGUCAUCAAAGCUCAAGAAAUUACGCAAGAUAAACUUUUAUUAUAAUCAACACAUUACAGAUAAGUCCCUUGUUUCCUUAUCGUCAAAUUGUGCGUUUCUUGAGCAUAUUACUGUCUCUUACUGCGGUGUGACGGAAAACGGUAUUUCAUUCCUUGUAAAAAAUAGUGAUCAAUUGAAAACUUUGCGUCUAAGUGCACAUUUUACGGUUGGAUCAUCUGGUGUCACUAACUUCCCUCCAAACUUAGUAUUCACAAAUGUGGGUAUCUCCGACGAGUUUCUCUAUUCUAUUGCCGAAGCACGAAUCCCUCUGACUAGUUUCUCUCUUAUUUUCUGCAAAAGUUAUACGUUUGAUGGAAUUUCAAGGCUCCUGCACUCGUAUCAAUCUCUAAAUUCUUUAGACCUUAUGGGAGCAGAUUUCCUUACAAACGAGUAUGUAGAGUACUUGUCUCCGUUUCUUCAUAGCCUGACAUCAAUCUCUCUCGUUGAUAGUCCUGAUCUAUCUGAUUCAGCUUUUAUUGUGCUCACUCAAAGAUGCCCUCUUCUACGCCAUCUUAAAAUGGGAAUGUCGAGCCUCGGUAGAGAAGAAUGCAAUUAUGAUGGCCUUAUGAAGAACUUUGCAAUAAAGUGCUUGGAUUUAUCAUCAAAUUCAUACUUGACCACUUCAAGUCUUAAAAGGAUCCUCAACAUUAGUCCCGAAGUGGAGAAGAUUAGGCUAUCUUCUUGUUUUACACGCAAUAACCAACUGGAUGUGGCUGAUAUCCUAGAGUGCAACAGGGGACUCGUGAACAUGAACUUAGCCGCGUGCCAACUGAAAGUAGUAUCCAGAAAAGACGCAAUAAUCUCAACGUUAAAGGUAUUGGACGUAAAAUCUUCAGAAAUAACUGAUGAAGUGUUAGGGAUGUUGGUGAGGAUGUGCCCUGGGCUGGUUCAUUUGGAUCUAGAGGAUUGCGACGAGUUGACAGAAGAAGGGGUAAAAGAGGUGAUAAAAUCGUGUAAAAAACUGAGAUUCUUAAGCCUUAGUGCUUGUUUGAAUGUGGAUAUCAACAUUAUAGCCUGGAUUGUGGAUAACAGCCCAUCCUUGAGACGACUCGUCUCACCAUCUUACUCAUACCCAGACAACGAAGAACAGAGACAUUUCUUGCAGCAAGGUUGCCUUGUUAGUAAGGUAUGGUGUCUAGAGCUUGCUGCAGCUGGUGUAGUGCAUCAGUUUCUAAAGUCAGCAGGUUCGGACUUCUCAGAUCAGUAUAGGCUCAUUAGGUGCACUCGUGAGCUGUUGUGGCUGUAG